AUGAACUGCUUUAUCGCUCAAUGGCAACGUGGGAUGUCAUUUAAUGCAAGAAGCACAUAUCUGUUCCUCCCAUACCGAUUGGGACGAAAUAGUAUAUCCAUUGAGGAUACCAUUUUGGAUAAUGUCUCCCCAUUUGGCUCAGUGAACCCAGAAGGAUUCCCUAGAAACCUAAAUUUUUUUAUCUUUGUGUGUUCUCGGUCACUUGGGGGUUCUACACCGCUUUCUGCUCGUACCUUUUUGAGCCGCUUCGUGCAAGCGCUGUCCGGUAGCCGCCUAAACAUGGAAAAAACCCACUACACUCUCAAACAGGAUGCUGUAUACUCAAUGUUUUUUCUAUAG